CUCUCACAUAAUGGGCUCAAAGUCGUUUUGCUCUUUAACCUUUUGUGGAGGGCUAAAAUAGAAAUAAAACAAAAUGGUGCAAAAGCCCCUUGGAAUUGUAUGAAAUUUCAGGCAUCUGGAAAUUUACAGAAAUUCGUAGAAAUAAAAAAUGAUGAAAAUAUGGCCUUUUACCAGAAAUGGAGCAUCUGGAUUUUCAGCUGCUUCUACUGCUAAACAAGUUACUGAAGGAAUUGAUGCAAAUGGCCUCACAGCUGUUGUCACGGGUGCAACAAGUGGUAUUGGAGUAGAGACAACAAAGACUCUUGCGCUCCGUGGAGUCCAUGUUUUUAUGGCUGUUAGAAAUGUGGAUGCCGGGAAAGAUCUCAAAGAGAAAAUACUGAAUGAAAUUCCUGCUGCUAAAAUUGAUGUUAUGGAGUUGGAUCUCAGUUCAUUAGCAUCAGUGGAAAAGUUUGCAUCCAAAUUCAUGUCCUUGGAGUUACCCCUCAAUAUACUCAUUAACAAUGCAGGGAUUAUGGCCACCCCAUUCAAGUUGUCUAAAGACAACAUAGAACUUCAGUUUGCAACUAAUCAUUUAGGUCAUUUCCAUUUGACGAAUCUCUUAUUGGAUGCUAUGAAAACGACUUCCGGUAAAUGCAAUAAAGAAGGAAGGAUUAUCAAUGUUUCUUCAGAGGCUCAUCGAUUCGCAUAUAGAGAAGGGAUUCGCUUUGACGGAAUAAACAAUGAGUCAGGGUACAAUAGCCUACAGGCUUAUGGGCAGUCAAAGCUUGCCAACAUUUUGCAUGCGAAUGAGCUUGCAAAACGACUGAAGGAAGAGGGGGUUGAGAUCACUGUAAACUCAAUUCAUCCUGGAUCCAUCACUACUAAUCUUCUGCGUCACCAUGGUUUCAUCAAUGGAUUGAUUCAUACUCUUGGGAAACUUGUACUUAAAGAUAUUGAGCAAGGCGCAGCAACAUCAUGUUAUGUAGCAUUGCAUCCCCAAGUUAAAGGUGUAAGUGGAAAAUAUUUCAUGGAUAGUAACAUGGCUCAACCAACCUCCCAAGCUGGAGACGCUGAAUUGGCAAAGAAACUAUGGGACUUCAGCCAGAAGCUCACUCAAGAUCCUACUAUCCAUUGAGUAUCUUCACGCAAUCUACUGAAUUUUAGGAUGGAGUAGAAUUGAAGUGUUGAUUAGAAAAAAUAGAACGGAAAUCAUUAGUCCUUAAAUAGAUUGUUUUGUUUCCAAGUUCAAGAAGUUCAUAAGGAAAGAAGAGUAUGAUGACCAAGCCUCUAAUUCCAAGCAUCAAACCCAUUCAAGGGUAAUGAAGGACUUCAGGGCUCAUAAGCUGAUGUUGGAGCCAAAACCUAUGUUGAAUGCUAGGAACAAUAAUAAUACUCCAGAAGAUGUAAUCUAGAUCAGCAGUGAUUGUAAUAGCCGUCGAGAUCCUUAAUAUUGACAAGGGAUAGUGAUGAUCGGAUAGUGGCUGUGCAAGAGAAUGAGAAGCAAGGCGAUGUAAUUGAAACUACUUUAGAUGAACAUGCUUUAACAGAUGACUCAAACUCUUUUGAUACUGAGAAUGUCUCAAGUGAUUAUGAAUUUGAGAUAUUAUAAGUUUGUUUAACAUUAAUAAAUUAUGGCCUAUAUCUGAGGAAAGGAAAAGACAUUACCAAUUA